UUGAACUGCAGGAGUGAAACCUAAACACAAAACAAGCAAUACAAGAGAGGCGCCUCUUCCCUACACCUCUUUUGCUCACCUUCUUGCUUUCUUUCUGAAUUUUCAUUGUUUUUUCUUCCUAUUUUUACUCUGCAUUUUGUUAGAGGAAAAAGAACCAAAAAAAAAAAAAGGGAUAAACCCAAAGAAUGGGAAAGAAUAAGACUCCCCUAGACGAAGCCUCCGUUUUCCGAUUAACCAAGAUACUUAAGAAGUUUAACAAAGGAGAAGAUAAAGCGUAUAACUUUGAACCCAACCUUUCAAGAAAACAGCGAGCAUUUGUGCACAAGGAAUGCCUGAAAAUGGGUUUGAUAUCCAAAAAUAAAGGCUCUGGGAACCAGAGACAUGUCUCUGUCCGUAAAAUCAAAGUGAAAGGCGGUGACAUGCCAGGGAAGAAUCUUACUGAUGUCGCAUUUUCAAAGAGGGCAAGUUUGGUUUUGCAGGACUUAUUUUCAAGUUACCCACCAGAUGAUGAGGAGCUUGAAGAGAAAGAAAUUAGAAAAUAUAGCGGAAAAACUGCUAAAAUACGAAGAAAGAAAGAUGAUAUUUUCUCGAAGCCAAUGAUGAGUGCUGUGGAGAUUGCAGAGAAGGUUAAAGAACUUGCAUCUAAGAGAGAAAAGCAUCCCAAACUGAGACAGAUUAAUGAGGAGAGAUCAAAGCUUCCAAUUGCUGGGUUUGGGGAUGCCAUUACAUCUGCAGUAGAAUCUAACCAGGUUAUCCUCAUCUCUGGCGAGACUGGGUGUGGCAAGACAACACAGGUUCCACAAUUGCUUUUGGACUAUAUGUGGGGAAAAGGUGAAGCUUGUAAAAUACUGUGUACUCAGCCUCGGCGUAUAUCAGCUACAUCAGUGUCCGAGAGAAUUGCUUAUGAAAGAGGAGAAAGUAUUGGCGAUAAUGUUGGAUACAAGAUUCGCUUGGAAAGUAAAGGUGGUCGACACUCAUCCAUUGUCUUCUGCACAAAUGGGAUGUUAUUGAGAGUGCUGGUUUCAAACAGUAGAUCAAAGAGAGAAGACAUCUCUGACAUGACUCACAUUAUUGUGGAUGAAACUCAUGAAAGGGACAGCUUCUGUGAUUUCAUGUUGGCAAUUAUGAGGGACAUACUUCCUUCGUAUCCUCAUCUACGGCUGGUGCUAAUGAGUGCUACUCUUGAUUCUGAACGGUUUUCGCAAUAUUUUGGUGGUUGCCCAAUCAUCCGUGUUCCUGGAUUUACAUAUCCUGUAAAAAGUUUCUAUUUGGAGGAUGUGCUUUCUAUCUUGAAAUUCGCAGAUGCUAAUCAUCUUAUUUCAGCAAAUGCAACUGCCCAAGAUCAAGACCAAGAAUUAACAGAAGAAGACCCAGAAUUCACAGAAGAAGAACUAGAAUUAACAGAAGAAGAUAAGAUUGCAUUGGAUGAAGCUAUUAGUUUGGCUUGGUCAAGUGAUGAGUUUGAUCCGCUUCUAGAUUUGGUUUCUGUGGAAGGAGGGUCAAAGGUUCAUAAUUACCAGCAUUCUUUGACCGGGCUAACUCCACUAAUGUUGUUUGCUGCAAAGGGUAGAGUGGAGGAGGUUUGCAUGCUCCUCUCAUUUGGUGUAGACUGUGAUCUUAUUUCCAAAGAUGGGAAGAGUGCUUUGGAUUGGGCUGUGCAGGAAAACCAGCAGGAAGCUGUCAAUAUGAUAAAAAAACAUAUUGAAAGUUCCCAAGCUAAUGAUGGGCAGCAGUUACUUGAUAAGUAUAUAGCCUCAGGUAAUCCAGAUAUCAUUGAUAAUGUUCUUAUUGUGCAGUUACUAAGAAAGAUAUGUAUCGAUUCAAAUGAAGGUGCUAUUCUUGUUUUCCUUCCUGGGUGGGAUGAUAUAAAUAGAAUGAGAGAGAAAUUAAUUGCCAACCCUUUUUUUAAAGAUUCCUCCCGAUUUAUUAUAAUACCUCUGCAUUCAAUGGUUCCUUAUGCUGAUCAAAAGGUGGUUUUUAAGCGUCCACCUUUGGGCUGCCGCAAAAUUGUCCUUUCAACCAAUGUUGCCGAGAGCUCCAUUACAAUUGAUGACGUUGUCUAUGUUAUAGAUAGUGGUAGAAUGAAAGAGAAAAGCUAUGAUCCAUAUAAUAAUGUAUCAACCCUUCAAUCUUCAUGGGUCUCCAAAGCAAAUUCCAAGCAGAGAGAGGGUCGAGCUGGCCGUUGUCAGCCUGGAAUUUGUUAUCAUCUUUUUUCAAAACUUCGAGCAGCUUCAAUGCUCGAAUUUCAAGUUCCAGAAAUUAAGAGGAUGCCAAUUGAAGAACUCUGUUUACAGGUGAAAUUGCUUGACCCAGAUUGCAAAGUAGAGGAUUUCUUGCUGAAGACAUUGGACCCUCCUGUUUCUGAAGCUGUAAAUAGUGCAGUUAGAGUCCUUCAAGAUAUUGGCGCUUUCACGCAAGAUGAAGAACUGACUGAACUUGGAGAGAAGCUUGGUUAUCUUCCUGUUCAUCCUUUGACAUGCAAGAUGCUUUUCUUUGCAAUAUUGAUGAAUUGCCUUGAUCCGGCUUUGACACUAGCAUGUGCUUCGGACUUUAAGGAUCCAUUUGUCAUACCCAUGCAACCAAAUGAAAGGCAGAAGGCUACUGCUGCUAGGCAUGAGCUUGCAUCUUUGUAUGGUGGGCAAAGUGAUCAGCUGACACUCAUAGCUGCUUUUGACUGCUGGAGGAAUGCAAAAAGAAAGGGUCUAGAAGGAAAUUUUUGUUCACAAUACUUUGUUUCAUCAAGCACUAUGAAUUUUCUGUUUGGCAUGCGUAUGCAGCUUCAGGGUGAACUAAUACGGCAUGGAUUUAUUCCUGAUGAUGUCUCAAGCUGUAGUCUAAAUGCAAAUCACCGUGGAAUACUACAUGCAGUCCUUGUGGCUGGUUUGUAUCCAAUGGUGGGGAGAGUGCUCCCACCAAAACAGGAUAAGGAAUUGACGACUAUAGAGGCUGCCAAUGGCUGUAAUGUUCGGUUAAGUGGUCGCUCUGUUAAUUCAAGGUUAAAACCCAAGCAACUUGAAGAAUGCCCUUUGAUUAUAUUUGAUGCAAUAACCUGUGGGGAUAUGGGAAUGUACAUAAGAAACUGUACUGUUAUUGGUCCACUUCCAUUGUUAUUUCUUGCAACAGAGAUUGCAGUGGCUCCUAUAAAAGGCAAUGUUUGCAGUGAUGAUGAUGACGAGGAAAGUGACGAUGGUGAUGCAUGUGACACUGAUGGGGAUGAAAAGUUGGUGGUUAAUAAGUCUGGGGGGAAAGAAGAAAAAGUCCUGUCCUCUCCUGAUAAUUCUGUUAUGGUGGUUGUUGAUCGGUGGCUAUCGUUCAGAUCAACGGCACUUAAUGUUGCUCAAAUAUACUGCCUGAGAGAACGGUUAUCAGAAGCAAUUUUAUUCAAGGUAAUGCAUCCAGGUGAAGUUCUUCCUCCUGCUCUUGGGGCAUCUGUGUAUGCAGUAGCUUGCAUUCUAUCUCAUGACGGGUUAUCAGGCAUCCCAGCACCAGCAGAAUCUAAGUCGGUGCAUUCUACUGCUAUAAAUGAACCUAUUCCAGUUGUGUUGCAACAGCAGUUCCUUUUUCACUAUUGAACCAAAGCCCGUUUGACCGCAUGGGUUUCUGGAAAGAUGCUAAGGUCCCUGCAGUUGGGGCUGUAACGAAUGGAGUUAAACCUCAAGUUGCAACCAGCAGGCACCUGUAAUGCCAGCUGGUAUGAGUGUCGAUCCAGCUUCAUCAGAGGACCCUAUAUCAGUUGCUUCUGGUUCAGGUGUCUAAAUUACAG